CCCUCCGUCAUUUUGGAUUUUCCAUAUAAUUCGGCCUGCUCCUCCUCAUUUUCUCUUGUUGUCCCUUGCAGCCCGGCAUUUGAACAGAAGCCUCCCUCCGUUGCUGGCACAUCAUCAUCACCUGGCCCCCACCUGCUGCAACUCCCCCCACCAUUUCGCCAGGGCUCUCACAACCCGUAUUUCCUCCACCUUUUUUCCUUCCAAGUCCCGAGCCAACGAACAACGGAAGCUCCGAGACUGCGACCCAACCAUACCUCCUGCACCAAACCGGAAAACCACAACGACGGAGUCGAAGAACCCAGACCAGCAAAGAUGGCCGAGACGCACACCUACAAGUUCGACGUCGAGAUGAGCUGCGGCGGCUGUUCGGGCGCCAUCGACAGGGUCCUCAAGAAGCUGGAGGGCGUCGAGAGCCACGAGGUCUCGCUGGAGAACCAAAACGCCACGAUCGUCGCCAAGCCGGACCUGAGCUACGAGACGGUGCUCAAGACCAUCUCCAAGACGGGCAAGAAGGUCAAGCGCGGCGAGGCCGACGGCGUCGAGCAGUCCAUCGUCGUGGCUGCCGAGUAGAGAAACAAAUGGGCUGGGGAGGACAGACUUGCUUUCGCAUUAUGAUCUCUAUUUAGACCGGCUUGUUGAAACGAUUGGAAGUCAACAAAGCAGCAACAUACCCA